GAAAACAGGACUUGGUUUAACAUAGAAAUCAAGAUGUGGGUGGAUGUCUCUAGACCUGAUAGGUUCAAGAAAAUUGUUAGGAUCGAACCAGGCAGAUCUAUAAGAGUAAAGGCCUCAACUUUCAACAGCGAUGAUCAGGGCAGUGUUGAACAUGCCCUCCUGCUGGUUUGUGCAAAUGGAAGUUGGACAGGAAAAUACAUUCUUCCUCAGGACUUGUUCGCUUGGGCGGCAGUCUUCUGCGACAGUAACCGACACGGUCAAGUCAUUCUUCAGACUCAAGUCAAGGAUGUCCUUUUUGAACCUGUUCGCAAAACUCAAGAUGCCAUGUUCUUUAUAAAUACUCCUAAUGGUAUGUGGAUGCCAUGUGGACCAAAGCAAUCAGGUGCUGUCCAGAUAACUAUGCCGGUAAAGGACUUGCUGUUAAGAUAAUCCCACCUCCGAUAUCUAAAAUAGACUUUGACAAAGUGUUGGCAAGACAGAGGCCAACAGUGAGCAAAGCUGACCUUGAGGUGCAUGAGAGAUUCACCAAUGAGUUUGGAGAGGAAGGUUGAGAGAAAGGAUGCAUUGGACGUGCUAUUUAUGCGACUUCCUCUCAUUUGUAUUCUAUAUGAACUUUGUGCUGAUUGUACGAGCCUCUUUCGGAGGAAAGAUACAUGGCUUUGCCUUUCUAUUCGCAAGAAGUGAACUCUGAUACUUCCAAUAUCAAUGUAUUUUUUUUGUUA